AUGGACAAACUCAAUGCUACACUCGAAGAUUUGUCUACAAGGCUAUCGAGCGACCUGCCCGAAUUGCUCUCUCCAACUACCCUUUCUCUCGGACUGCUGGCGAUAACAGCCCUGGUCAUAUUCCGUAAAUCCAUGCCGCCCCAACGUCCUGCGACGGCUGCAGUCAAUGAAACCAGGGAUGGUGCUAGAACCCUUUCUUCCGGCACCAGGACCAGCCCCAAACACGACACGACUCAGGAGCAUGUCGACAUGAACAAGGAUCGGGAUUUCGGAGACUGGACCCCUGUUCAAUUCCGCUACCCCUCAAUCGAAGCUUGUACUUCCAAGCUCGUCGAUGUCAAGCCUAUACCUUACAGACCCUUCCGGUGGGGUACCUAUUAUGUGACGAUGGGAAUCCGCAGCAUGCCCUGGAACGAUUGGAUAGAGCUCGACAGGGACCACCAAUCGUACCACCGAAUCAAGGCUCACAGGAUCCAGACGCGCGGCGACAAGGUUAUCCGCGUUCUGCGAGGCGAAGGCAACCCGAACGCUGGCUCGGUGCGGGACGGUGUGGAGGCGGCCGUCGAACUCGUGCACGAACUUGCCGAGUACCUUUCGCGUCGAUACCCCGGCGAGUUCCAGAUCGUCAGGCAUGCACAGCGCGUCGCAUCUUCGCCCGAACAAGAACUCGAAGGAGGUGCCACGCCGUUUGCCGACUGGGGCUGGUACGGCCUGCCCGCCAUCAAGAGCAUCUACAUCACCUCUCUCGGCGUGUCCUUUACCCUUCCGCUUUCCGUGGCGGACGGGGAUCGAGCACCAGAGCGCGCCAUGGAGAUCGCAGGGCUUUUGAUCCAGGACGAUUUAGCAUUGAUGAUAGAAGGUGUCGACGGGAAGUACUACUUCCAAGCGGGCUCGAUUUGCUUGCCAGGUUUUUGGCGACUGCAAGAUAAAAUUGGGCUGCCGUUGGACGACAUCCAUCUGACAGGGAAUGUCCCGCAAUACAGGGAACGGUUGCAAGCCAGUUUAGAACGGUUCUUUCGACGUCUGCCGGUGGACAAGCCAGUGAUUCGGAACAACUAUUUUUUCCAGACGAACGCGAAUGUGGACCCAGACACGGUGGAUCCAGAGGAGGUCGGGUGGGCGAAAAGCACGCUUGGCGCGGAGGACGGAUAUGAGCACGGAAGCGGGACACAUGGGUCGGGGAAUCAGAAUGGAGCGCGGGAAUUGGAAACGACGGUGGACGCGAUAAGGCUGCGGUCGGAGCGGCAGACGCUUCGGCGGCUCCCGCGCAGUGGUGCGGUUGUGUUCACGAUUCGGACAUACUUGACGCGGAUUGUGGACCUGGGGCAGGAGAAGGGCGUUCCGGGGCGGAUGGCGAGCGCGCUUCGGAGCUGGACGCCGGACGUGGCGGGGUACAAGGGGCGGGAGCGCGGCGGGUGGUGGGGGCCGCUCCUGGCGUACCUCGACGAGCAGCACGGUGCGCAGGUGGCGCGUGGGGAGGUGGGGGCGGGAGAGGAGAAGGAUGACGGGGCGCGGUAUCCUCUGUGA